AUGGCAGGCAGACCCAUCAUUGCGAUUGUCGGCCCCACAGGCGUUGGGAAGACGAAGCUUGGAAUUUCACUCGCCAAAGCCAUGAACGGCGAGGUCAUCUCCGUGGAUAGUCUGCAAACAUAUCGACAUGGAGGUAUUAUGACGGCAAAGCCUACUAUCCAGGAAAUGGACGGCGUCAAGCACCAUCUGAUAGACUAUCUACAGCCCGACCAAGAACCAACCGCCUUUGUCGACCUUGCUAUUUCAAUCAUCCAGCAAAUCCAGGACAGCGGCAGGACCCCUCUACUGGUCGGUGGAUCCAUCUCGUUGACGGAGCCCCUCCUCUCGCACCCCUUCAUCCAACGCAGCAAUCUAUCGGUCAUCUUUCUUGAUUCUGACAUGUCACUUUUGAAACCUCGGCUAGACAAACGGGUAGAUCAGAUGGUGGAGGAAGGUCUCAUCGAAGAAGUACGCGAACUUUACGAACUGGAACAGAGCAUGCUGGGCUGCCCAGACUUCUCAAGAGGUGUCUGGAAAGCGAUCGGAUACCCGGAAUUACGACCAGCCGUUGCGGGGUGCAAUGAAGGCAGUAACCAGACUUAUGUCAAGAACGGAAUAGCGGAGAUGAAGAAACACACGUCUUCGUAUGCGCAAGAUCAGAUCAACAGGAUACGGUGUAGGCUUAUACCAGCAGUUUAUGUGUGGGACAUCAAUUUCAUGGUCCUCUUUGUAAAGGACGAGAUGACGUUCGAGAAACGAGUUAUCCAGCCUUCCAUCUCAGCGUGCCGUGGCUGGCUGUCUGAGGACACAAAAGGACGAGUGACGAUCGAGAAUACAACGCGCUCCUGGCGAAGCGAGACCGGACUCUGUAGUCAGACUGUGUGA